AUGCUGCAAGCGAAGAAGGAUACACGGAUUCCACCAAGUCCUGCAAGUGUGACAAAUUCGAAACAUGGCAAGGUGGUCACUGGAAGUGCUGACGCCAUAGCUGCAAAGAGAGGGAAGAAGGGGAGUUGUUUCAGAUUUCUCUGGACUUUGUUUCUUCUCGUAAGUGUCCCAACGUCCAUUAUAUGGUAUGGGUAUUAUUUGAGUGGAUCAGUUUGUCCAAUUAAGGAAGGUGAAACAUUUCCUUGGACAAACCCAGAGAUCCAAUCUAUCCCAGCAGCCGUGAAUCAUGCAUCUUGUUAUGGAUUGCACCAUUACGUGUACCCCACGUAUUCGGAACACAUUUCACCAUUUUUGGCUGAGAAGGUUGAACCUAAGUGGGCUGAAUUUGAUUCAAAGUUUGAAAUUUCGUCCAAAUUGAAUCAAGUAAAGGCGACUACCAGCGACUGGAUUGUGAAAAUCGAAGAUGUUGAUUCAAAAUUCCAAAUAGUGCUGAAGACUAAGACAUUUGCUGCAAAUUUCGGUUCAAUUGUCUCCCUGCAAUCUUCCAAAAUCUGGAAUUUGACGCAGUUCUAUAUUCAGAAAUUAGAGCUUAAUGCUAAAUUGAUAGAAUUGAAGGAAAAGAAAUUGGUGGAAAAGUAUUAUUUGAUAAUUUCUAACUACAUUGGUAUAAAAUAUAAGAUUUUGUACCUAAACUUGAGUUAUCAAAGCCAGGUUUUAAAAGCGAAGUAUUUCACUCCUAAUUAUGAAAAGGUGAAGGUCGCUUACCUCAAUCCUGUAUACGUGAAGUUGCAUCAAUAUAUUCACUUGAGUAAAGUGGAUGUUUUCGUAGCAUACUUAGAGAACUUGUUUGAAAUUUUGUAUGCCAAGGGUUCAGAUAUUUACGAAAGAAAGUUGCAGACCAAGCAUCAUUUUUUGAGAGAUGAGUUGUAUACCUUAUUGAAAUUUCAACCUGCCAGUGCAAUUGAAAGCGAUUCAAAAUUAGCUGGUGAAGAUGUUAUUGAAGUAGUAAAAGAAGUGCUAAACGAAGAAGUUGGCGAGAAGUUUGAGGAUGCUCUUGAAAAGGUUGAAGAAGUAGAAGAAAAAUUGGAAGAAGCUAAGGCAGAUUACGCUGAAGAACAAGUAGUCGAAGUUGAGGUUGAUGAUACAGAAGAUGAGACUGAGGACUCUGAUGACUCUGAUGAACCAAUCACUGUCAGAGUAACUUCAACGAUUACUGUUGUCGGCGGUGAAGCUACUUCAACUGAUGAAAGCGGACUCGAAUCAAAAGUGGCAGAUUCUGAGGUUGGAUCUCCUGCUCAACAGCAAAUUGAUGAGGAAUUGAAGUAUUGGAAGAGUAAAGUCAAUAAAACUUGUGAAUCAGCUUGGAAAAGUUUGGAUACUGAUGUUCAAGAAUUCACCCAUAAUUUAAUUGAAAAUGAAAUCAAAAAAGAAAUCAGUGACAGGUUUACAAAAAUUCAACAAGUAAAUUAUGAAAGUUAUAAAGUUAUGAGUAAAUAUAUCAGCUAUAUUGACAAGGACACUGUGAAGAUGAAGGAGCAAGAAAAAAUCAUUAGAUCUCAAGAAGAUGAGGGAGAUGACGGUAAUAUCUACAUAGUGAGACAAGACAUGAGAGAUGAAAUUUCAAAAUCAAAGGAAUAUGUCUUAGACGAAGUCAAAGAAAUAAAGUCUAUUUUAACUGAAUACAACAGUAAGUUGUUGAAGGAAUAUUAUGCCAAAGCUCAAGAAGUUAUUGACGUUUUAGAAUCAUUUGCAGAUUUAACCAUCCUGGAAUUUUCUACCAGAUUGCACACAUUAUUAUCGAUUAUUGAGCAAGAAUAUAGCGAUGAAAAUAUAGAUGAUUGGGCGGCUUGGAAAGAGUUCCAUAAAAUAAAGGAAACAAUUUUCAACACCAGGGAUGAAAUUUUCAACUACUUUUACCAAUACAAAUCAAAUUAUCUCUUCGAGAACGAAGAUACUAGCGCAAUCAAGGUCCCUAAUGGAUUCGUUGAAUGGGAGGAAUAUUUGAGGAAUAUUCACUUCACAGCCAACUGGUUAAUUAAAGAAAAUGUAGACUAUUUGGCUAUAGUGAGAGCGCAAGCCAACGUUGCUUACCAACUCAGAACUGCAACUGAGUUUGAUCUUGAGGCAUUGUUCGAGAAGAGAUUGAAGGAAGAGAAAGAGGAACUUGAAAGAGAAGAAGCUAGAACAAAGCAGGAAGAACUUGAAGCCAAAGAAUCUGAAGCUGAAGAAAGCGCUGAUGAAAGUGAAGAUGAUGAAAGUGAAGAAGUUGAAAGUGAUCCACAAGAACCCGAAAUAGCUGAAGAAGUGGUUGAAGUGGAUGAGGCGAAGGAGACUGAAGAUGGAAACAUCGAUCAAGAGCUCGAUGACGAAGAAGAAGAAGAAUUGGAAUAA